CCCAAUUUUUAUUUUUAUUUUUAACAUUUUCAUAUUCGCCCUUCUCUCUCAUUCAUUGCUUCGGUUGGAGAUUCCAUUACAGUUCCAAUUAAGAAAAAAUCAUAAAAAGGAACAAACAACAGCUCAAUAAUCACGAAAUCUACAUUUGUUGUUCCUCCAAAUUGAUUGUAUCUUAUGUUUUUGCACCCCUGUCACGGGUUCUUUGCCUUUUCUUGAUUUCACUUUUGGUUACUUCUUCACAUUCCUUCAAUACCCAUUUUACAUUAAUAAAAAUAUUAUCUUUUGGCUUUCUUAUCGGUUUUUGUUUCUGGGUUUUGUGUAUUGUGGAAAGUUGCAUCCUUGGGAGGUGCAUGCUGUUGAUUUUUCUGAAAUCUGCAGAUUUUUGCGGGUAAGGGUUCAUUGACUGGAUAUCUUAGGAAGGCAGCAAUCAAGAAGUUGAUGCCAAGAGUGGGUUCAAGUUGGAUCAUGAUUGUUUCAUUGUGAUUUUGGAGGAUCGGACACUCCAGUGAUUUAGGAGGAAGACAGAGGAGGGAAUAUAAGGCAUUCAAGUGUAUUAAAUGAUGUUUGUGGCUUAUAUUUUGAGCUAUUCAUAGUUAAAUUGAUAUAUAUAUUUUGGAUACAGAUGAUUUUAUUGUCAUAGCUGCCUGUAUGCAGUUUGAUCUUUAGGAUACUUGCAGCUACUCAUUUUCAUCUUGAAAGGAAGCUCUGGGAUAUAUUGCAGUGUACAUGUAUAGGUGAUCUUCAUUGUAUAAACAUAGAUAGUUGUUAAGAAGAGAGCUAAAGACAUGACAACUGCAAUCGGUAGAAAGGCAGCUCCUGCACGGAAUAUAGUGGCAUUUAGAUCUUAUCAGAGUCAGGCUGAGACUCUGGUUAAAACUUAUUUGUUAGCAGAUCCUUUUAUACCUUACACUUCUGUCUUUGCUGGCAUAUUUGCUUGCAAAAUGGUCUAUGAUCUAUGUCAACUGAUCAGCAGUUUUUACUUUAGGACGUACACUACCCUAACAAAAAUUCAAAGGACUGAGUGGAACAACCGUGGCAUGUCAACAGUUCAUGCCAUUUUCAUAUCUGCUGUGUCCACGUAUUUUGCGUUCUGGUCCAAUCUUUUCUCUGAUCAAAAUCCCGAUGGCCUUUUAAUCACCAGAAGUUCACCACUAUCAACUUUUGCAUUAGGGGUGUCAGCUGGGUACUUUCUUUCAGACCUUGGAAUGAUUUGCUGGUUUUACCCUUCUUUGGGUGGAUUAGAGUAUGUUGUCCAUCAUUCUCUUUCAGCAAUUGCUGUAGCAUACUCCAUGUACACUGGAGAAGGACAACUUUAUACGUUCAUGGUACUCAUAUCUGAGGUGACAACACCCGAGAUCAACAUGAGAUGGUUUCUUGAUACAGCUGGAUUGAAAAGGUCUUAUGCAUAUCUGAUUAAUGGUGUGGUGAUAUUUUUUGCAUGGUUGGUUGCAAGAAUAUUGCUGUUCAUUUACAUGUUUUACCAUGUCUCUUUGCACUAUGAUCAGGUCAUUCACAUGCACAUUUUCGGUAUUCUUUUGGUUUUUGGAGUUCCGGCAGCUCUUGGUGUAAUGAACUUAAUGUGGUUUGGCAAAAUUAUUAAGGGGUUGAAAAAGAAUCUUUCGAAAAGGGUGUGACGAGAUGUCAGUUGUUAGUUUAAUGCAUUUUUCCCAUGAACUCCUCUAUACUGUACAAAUGGGUUGUAAGUUAGCUAGCUGAAAGGGGAAGAGAGAAGGGUUAAAGACCUCGGAAGAAUAGAUUGUAAAAUCAACAGAAACGAAUACAUGUAACUGGAUACUGGCUAAGCAUGUUCAAGAAGCUCACAUAAUCUAUAUCUAUUGUGUGAAGGAAAGUAGAGCAAUUCAGUGAGAAGCCCCAACGGUAAGUCCUGUAUAAGUGAUGCAGUUGUUUUCAUGCUAUAAACAUCUCAGAGCCAGUAAUUCCACUUGCAUGUUAGCGUGUUCAUAUGAUUUUGUUGUUUCCUUCAACUUUAAUUUACUCAUGUACGAGCCAUCUCAUUUUGCUUUGAUUCUUUGUUUGGUGUCACGCCUUCAAGGCGUGUAUAGUUUUUGGUGUACUAUCAGAUUUUUUUCAUUUUCCUUGUAAAGAUGUAAGUGUUCAAAUGUGAACGUUGUUUUCUCUUGCAAGUAUUUAAUGUUUUGCAUCAAA